AUGGACCCGGAGGUGCGGGUGUUGCGUGCGGCGGGCGGCUUCGGCCGAGCCCGGCGCCUGCUAGCCGCCGCCUCGUGGCUGCCAUGCGUGGUGCUGGGUCUGGCGCUGAGCUCGGAGCCGCUGCUCACCGCGUUGCCCGCGCACCACUGCCGGCCGGACCCCGCGCUGCUGCCCCCAGCGCUGCGCGCCCUACCCGGGCCUGCGCUGCUCGACGCCAGCGUGCCGCGCCUGGGCCCCGCGCGCUCUCCGAGCCCCUGCCUGCUCCUGCGCUACCCCGAGCCCGCGCCCCGCGCCCGCCCCAACGGCACGGGCCCCUGCACACGCGGCUGGCACUACGCUCUGCCUGCCGCCGGCCUGCUGCGCAGCCCAGUCACCGAGUGGAACCUGGUGUGUGAGGAUGGCUGGAAGGUGCCACUGGAGCAGACGAGCCACCUCCUGGGCUGGCUGCUGGGCUGUGUCAUCCUGGGCAUGGGCUGUGACCGGUUUGGCCGCCGGGCUGUGUUUGUGGCCUCCCUGGUGCUGGCCACAGGCCUGGGGGCCGGUGAGGCCCUGGCUGCCAGCUUUCCUGCCCUGCUGGCCCUGCGGCUGCUUCAUGGAGGGGCUCUGGCAGGGGCCUCCCUUGCCCUCUACGUGGCUCGCCUGGAGCUGUGCGACCCCCCACGCCGCCUGGUGUUCUCCAUGGGAGCAGGCCUCUUCUCGGUGAUGGGCACUCUGCUGUUGCCUGGCCUGGCCCUGCUCGCACAGGACUGGCGCCUUCUGCAGGGGCUGAGCGCUCUGGCAACGGGACUCCUGAUGCUCUUUUGGGGGUACCCAGCCCUGUUUCCUGAGUCCCCAUGCUGGCUGCUGGCCACUGGGCGGCUGACCAGAGCCAGGAAGAUCCUGUGGCACUUUGCUGAAGCCAGCGGUGUGGACCCUGAGAAUAGCCCCGAGGAGGAGAGCUCCCUGGCUAUGGAGUUGGACACAUUGUCUGCAGGGAGCCCCCAGCCCCAGCACCACUGCAUCCUGGAGCUCCGGCACACCCACAUCGCCUGGAGGAACGGACUCAUCCUGGGCUUCAGUUUGCCUGGCAGGACCCCUGAGACUUGGAUGAGGAAAGGGAGGACCUUGGAGCAGCCCACUGUGGGCAGCAUGGGAGCCUUGUCCUUGUCCCCAGACCUGCCGGGCUGGACCGUGCUGUUCCUCUCUGUCCUGGGGCUUGUGGCCUCCCAGGCCGUGUCCACCCUCAGCAGCCUUUUUGCAGCUGAGAUCUUCCCCACGGUGAUCAGGGGGGCAGGGCUGGGCCUCGUGCUAGGUGCCGGGUUCCUGGGCCAGGCGGCCACCCCACUCGCCAACGUGCACGGCCGGCGGGGCUUCUUCUUACAACAUGUGGUUUUCGCCUCCUUCGCCAUUCUUGCCCUGCUGUGUGUCCUGCUGCUGCCCGAGAGCCGUGGCCGAGGGCUGCCCCAUUCGCUGCAGGAUGCUGACCGCCUUCGUCGCUCACCGCUUCUUCGGGGCCACCCCUGCCAGGACCACCUGCCCCUGCUGCCACCCUCCCAUUGCCGGGGCUAGACACAGCUGGUCUAGGAGGGGUGACCCUGACUGGACAGACACACCUCCCCUUGGAUGGCCACGUGUCAGUGUGAACAGAAGGGUCUCAAGGAGGAAUCAUGGGGACAGUGUGAAGGGGGAGCCCUGGUUGGGUCCCUUGUUCUUGGGGACCCUUGUCCCCUACCACCACUUGUGGAGGAUAAAGGCAUCCAUAGAACUUCGCAUCCUUACUGGUUCUUCCUUCAGGCCACAUCCUGGGACUGGAGGGGGCCCCCACU